ACACAGCGACGGUCAGCGCGAUGCGCAUGUAUCAAGAUUUUACGCUUCGAUGUAAGUGAGCAACUUUAGACGCGAGAACAUGUAUGGCAUCGAAUGUAAUACACGCCCCUCACCUCACAGAGGUUAUCGGAUUUGUUAGUUUAGCCAGGAGGAAGUUUCGUCGGCGAUCACGACGGAACCAAGUAGGACUUGGAGAUGACAGUUCCGUCUAACCUCAAGUGUCUGCUCAUUGUAAGAAAGUUGAGAAAUUAUUGGAGCAUCUAGGCAGGAAUACAUUGAUAGUACAUGAUAAAGCUCUUCCUUUACACGUUAACAUCAUUAAAAACAACUAAUGUGUCACAAAUGUAAUGUGCAAAUUAACCAAGGUACUCAACCGCCAAAGAUGUUCUUUAAAUCACUUACGAUAUUCUGCUGGAAGCUUACCUGAUUACCGCUGACUCAGUGAGCUCUAUUUUUGACCGUAUGCACAAAAGUGAAUGAAGAGAAGAUGCAUGCGACACGAGCUGACACUUCUGAAAGGCGAUUCGAAAUACAAUGCAAGCUAGAAUCAGAAAUUGCUGCUCUGGAAGCCCUGAAGGAAGCGGAGGAACGUAGCCGACGACUAACGAGUGGAGUAGUGGGAAUACUUUCUUCCUUGGAAGAACGUUUAGCUACGCUGCGGCGUACAAUACUCCCUGUUUACAAUGAAACUGGAAAUCUUCAAGCACAGCAGCACAAUAUAGAGAAAACGUUAAGUGUGCUGGACCAUGCUAUCGGAUAUUAUGGCGUGUGCCAAGAAGUGGAAGAUGCGGUACGCGCCGAGCCAAGUGGGCCCGGUGGCUUGGAUGGCUUCUUCGAAGCAAUGAAUCGCCUGUACAACGCCCAGCGGUACUUUCAGAAGAACAAUCCUAGCUCCGUCGAGUUAGAGAACGUCACGAGUCUCUUCUCAGUCGGGCUGGAAUCACUUUACGCCGAGUUUCAUGAUAUUCUCACUCGCCAAAGUAAGCCGAUUCUUCCCAUUGUGCUUCUCGAUCUGAUCGGUUCCGACGAGGACACUAGCGGCGAGGACGCGCCGCAAUCGUUGUGUCAAUUGCCAGAGAGUGUCAUGAGCGAUUUACUUAAGAUUGCCGGGUGGCUGGAAGAGAGGGGUCACUGUAAGCACAUAAAGAUCUAUGCCUCUGUACGUUCCGCGAUCGUUCUGAGGUCCUUGCAGCUGCUCAAGGAACACCAGAGGAGUGCUAGUGGCGGUAGCACGCACGCUGGAAGUCCUAUGCCUAGAGCGAAAUUUGCCAAUCGGCACUCGUUGGGCGGUCAGGAGAACGCAGGACGCAGAGCCUCGCGACGACUGCAGCAUGCCCUGGAAAAGAAGGCGAACAGAAUGCUGCUGAAAGCGUCGCAAACGACGGGGUUGAACCUGUCGUUGACGGCGUCUAGGAAACCGACGCCGCAACUCUCCCCAUACUCGAUGGAGGACGCAGCGCCCGACGAGCAGGAGAUGGAGAAUUAUCUUCUGCUAGCGGCCGGCUUGCACAAGCUUAUGCAAGCCGAGCGAACGUUGGUCGCGAAAAUCUUGCCCGUCUCCCUGCAGGCACAGGUGCUCGAGGCCACUGUACGCGACGCGAUGGACCUGGUUGCUCACGAUGGAGACAGUAUAGCCACGCGUGCCAAACGCUGCAUCACGAGACGUGACUUCUCCGCGGUGCUCGUGGUUUUCCCGAUUCUCAAGCAUCUCGGCGAAUUGAAGCCCGAUCUAGAGAGAACGGUCGAGGGAUGCGACUAUGCGCUCCGCUCGAAAUUCGCGUCCGUGCUCGAUACGUUAAAUGCAACCGGUGCUAAAGCCUUGGAAGACUUCGCGGAAAGCGUGAGAAAUGAAUCCGGUACGGCUCUGCCAAAGGAUGGCACCGUGGCGGAGGGAACUAGCAACGUAUUGGUUUUUCUAGAACAAUUGGCUGAAUAUGCAGACACAGCUGGCGUUGUUCUUCGACGUAACACUGACAUCGAUCAAACUGUGUCAUCCGCAAAAGCUACGGAGAACGGUCACAGAACGGUUCUUGGUGUAUACGUCAAAAAGGUACUGGCUCAGCUGAAUUUAGCGCUAGUGAGUAAGAGCGACGCGUCUUACUCCGAUCUCGCUUUACGGGCUUUAUUUCGGUUGAAUAAUCAUAAUUACGUGGUUAACGCCCUGCGCCGAAGCUCCCUCAUGGAACUGCUGUUACUAGCCGAGCCGACCGCGGAGCAAACUUAUCGCGAUCUGCUUCUGAAAGACAGAAAUAAUUACGUCACCACGACGUUCGCGAAAGCGCGAUCGUACCUCGAGCAAUCCACGGACGAACCAGAUCUUGCCGCCAAAACGCUGAAGGAGAAGUUCCUGGGUUUCACCAGAGAACUCGAGGAAGUGGCCAAGUGCCAGCGUUCUUAUUCGGUACCUGAUAGACGCUUGCGCGAGGAGUUGAGGAAGGAACUGCACGAGGCGAUCGUGCCGCUUUACACCGCGUUUCACAACAAGUAUCGCGGCGUGUCGUUCUCGAAGAAUCCGACGAAAUACAUCAAGUACACGCCCGAUCAGAUCUCGGCGCUGAUCAACACGUUCUUCGACACCGCCGCGUAAUGAUGUAUAUAAAGUGCAUUGUACCGAAGAGAUUGUUCUUUCGACGAAGGAAUUAGCAAAAUAUUUAAUAAACACCCAUUUAAUAAAGCAUAUUUAGUUACAAUA